CCCAAGGUAGUUCAGGAGAGGAAUCAUUUCCUCCUUGGAUUACCAGGCAAGAACAGCUAAAAUGAAACCUCUUCUCACUCUCCUUUUCAUCAGCUUGGCUAUAGCAAACAGUUCUUCCACAACGCCCUCCACCAACGCGACAGACAUGCCCUCCACCAACGCGACCGAAGCGCCCUCCACCAACGCGACAGACGCGCCCUCCACCAACGCGACAGACGCGCCCUCCACCAACGCGACCGAAGGGCCCUCCACCAACGAGACAGAAGGGCCCUCCACCAACGCGACAGAAGGGCCCUCCACCAACGCGACAGAAGGGCCCUCCACCAACGCGACAGAAGGGCCCUCCAACAACACGACAGAAGCACCCCCCAACACUGGUUCUACACCUACAUCACAAGUGACUUCCAGCGUUUCCAGCGAUCCUUGCCAAGUAAGACCCUGUGGAGGUGGUGCUGCCUGCGUUAACCUGCAUAACAACGCGUUCUGCCUGUGUGCAGAAGGGUAUUACUACAGCACUUCCUCAUGUCUGAAAGGAAAGACAUUCCCUGGAGAGAUUACAGUACAAGUCCGAGAUACAACUGGGUUGGACAAUAAGAAUUCUGUAGCCUAUGAACGCUUACAUGAUGACAUAAUUAGCUUCUUUCAAAAUGUAUUUGGCCAUUCUGAUUACGGACAGACUGUGAUUCUUCAAGUGAGCUUACGCCCUUCUCUGUCAGGAAGAUCUGAAAUGCGUGCUGAUAUGAAGCUUGUUGAUGCUUCAGUAAUAAACAUUUUAAAAGAGAAUACAACUCUAACUGAAAAAGAUGUAAAUGAUGAGAUUGAGAAGGCAGUCAAGAAAAACAAUUCUAUACAAAGUUAUAAUCCUAUAGAUUCAUGUGAAUUUUAUGGUUGUGUGAAGAAGGAUCAAGAUUGCAGCAAUAGUUUACAAUGUGAAUGCAAACCUGGGCUGCAGAGACCCAACAUGCUGUCCCCUUAUUGUCUUCCUCUUGAGUGUUCUGCAAACUGCAGUGCAGAGUUUAAUAAGCAAUGCAUAAAGAAGGAGAACAAAGAGCUUCAAUGCGUGUGCCUGCCAGACUUCCAGGGAGAUGCUAAUGACGUCUGUCAAGCGUGUCCAUUUGGCUAUGGUGGUGUGGACUGCAAAGACCAGUUUCAGCUGAUCCUCACUAUUGUGGGCACCAUCGCUGCCGUCCUCAUUCUCGCCUUAUUGAUUUCAUUGGUCUUCUUCACAAGGUCAAAGAACAAAAAGAGUGAUAUUGAGGAAGAGAACUUGAUUGACAAUGACUUUCAAAAUCUGAGACUGCAGUCGACAAGCUUCAGCAACCUCGGAGCUGAUGGAAACAUCUUCCCCAAAGUCAGAACCACGGCUUCCAAAGACCUCAAGUCUCAAAACCCCUACGGAAACCAGAAAAGAGAGCCUCGCCCGGAUUACUAG